AUGGCAGUGAUUUCGCAUCUUCGUGAGGCCCUCGGCCGCAAGCCGGCCCCGGUCGACGACUCACCCAUGACCAUCACCACGGCGCCGGAAACCGCCAACAACAUCGAUGAUAAGGAACUGGGUGAGAUCCCGCCUGACGACGAGAAGCCGGGCGAGGAGCAGAGGGUCAGCCAGGAGGUUCAGCAUGGUGUCAAGUUGGCGCAGGCUUUGACCUUGACGUGGGGCAAGAAAUCGCUGAUUGCCAUCUUCAUCUUCAUGUGGUUUCUGUACCUCACCAACGGAUUCCAGAGUUCCGUGCUGUCUAGCUUGACGCCGUAUGCCGCCAGCGACUUUGAGUCGCACUCGCUCCUCCCCGUCAUCGACAUUGUGUCCAGCGCCAUGACGGCUUCGGUGUACAUCCCGCUGGCCAAGAUUCUGGAUCUUUGGGGCCGAGCGGAGGGGUUCUUGCUCAUGGUGCUCUUCGCGACGCUGGGUAUGAUUAUGUUGGCCGCCAGCCAGAACCUCGCCACGUACUGUGCCGCUACCGUCUUUUGGCAAGUCGGCUGGUCCGGUCUCACGUAUAGCAUCGACGUGAUCACGGCGGACUCGACCCACGUCAAGAACCGAGGGCUGGCGUUCGCCUUCACCUCUUCGCCUUACAUCAUCACGGCGUUUGCCGGUCCCAAGGCCGCUGAGGGCUUCCUGAACAACGUCAACUGGCGUUGGGGCUUUGGCUGCUUCUCCAUUGUCUUGCCCGUCGUCGCUGUGCCCAUGUACAGCAUCCUGAAGUGGAACAUUCACAAGGCCAAGAAGCGCGGCACGCUGGUGCGCGAGCCUAGUGGCCGUAGCUUUGUGCAGAAUGUUUGGUGGGGUCUGAUCGAGUUUGAUGUCCUGGGAAUUGUCCUCUUCGCCUGCGGUCUCGUCACCUUCCUGCUCCCCUUUUCCCUCGCGAGCACUGCCCCAGACGGCUGGAAAUCAGCCUACAUCAUCGCCAUGAUCGUCACGGGCUUCGUUGUCCUCGCCCUCUUCCUUCUCAACGAGCUCUACCUUGCGCCCAAGCCCUUCCUCAAGUUCGAGUUCUUCUCCGACAGGACCGUCAUCGGCGUCUGCGUCCUCGACAUCACGUACCAGGUCGCCUACUACUGCUGGAACAGCUACUUCACCUCCUUUUUGCAAGUCGUCAACGAUCUCUCCGUCUCCAACGCGGGCUACGUCGGCAACACUUUCGACGUCGUCUCGGGCGUGCUCCUCUUCAUCGUCGGCUUCUCCAUCUCCAAGACGGGCCGCUUCCGCUGGCUCCUGAUGGUCGGCGUGCCGCUGUAUACCUUUGGCCAGGGGCUCAUGAUUUACUUCCGCCAGCCGGGUCAGAGCGUCGGAUACCUGGUCAUGUGCCAGAUCUUCACGUCCAUUGGUGGCAGCGUCUUUAUCCUGUGCAUGCAGGUCGCUAUCCUGGCGGCCGUGGACCACCAGCACGUCGCCGCCGCGCUCGCGCUCCUGAGCGUCUGCGGCAACAUUGGCGGCUCUGUGGGGAACACCAUCUCUGCGGCCAUCUGGACCAACACGUUUGAGAAGGCUCUGGAGCGGAACCUUCCCGAGUCUGCGCUGGAGAGUCUGGCGGAUAUCUAUGCGGAUCUCGAUACGCAGCUGAGCUAUCCCGUGGGCAGCGAUGAGCGACUCGCUAUCCAGAACGCAUACGGAUAUGCUCAGACGCGGAUGCUUGCCGCUGGAACUUCGGUGAUGGUGUUUGGGUUCAUUGCUAUUUUCAUGAUUAAGAAUUACAACUUGAAGGAGAUGAAGCAGACCAAGGGUCUCGUGUUGUAA